GACGCUGAAGCUAGGAGGAGUCGAUGAGCAAGGUGGAGAUGGGCGAGGAGGAACAAGACGGUACAGCAGUACAUGACCCCGAGAAGAAGAUGAACAAGGCGUCGUCUGCGAGCACUGUCCCACCGUCGUCGUCCUUGAGGGACGCGCUCUCCUCCACCUCCUCGUCGUCCCUGAGAGAGCAACAUCACGAUGAGGAGGUCGAGCUGAAAUGGGCGGCCAUCGAGAGGCUGCCCACCUGGGACAGGCUCCACACCUCGCUCCCUCUCCAUGCCAACGCCAUUCAUCCGUUGGAGCCGGUGGACGUGCGCCGGCUGGGGGCCGCGGACCGGCGGGAGCUGGUGCACACCCUCAUCACCGACAUCCACGAGGACAACCUCCGCCUGCUCCGGCACCAGCGCCGCAGGAUGGACAGGGUCGGCGUGCGGCAGCCCACGGUCGAGGUCCGAUGGCGGAACCUGCACGUCGACGCCGAGUGCCAGGUCGUCGAUGGCAAGCCGCUCCCCACGCUCCUCAACUCCGCCAUCUCCACACUCUCGCUACUCACCACCAUGCUCGGCUUCAACCGUAACCAAGAAAGGAUCCACAUCCUCAAAGAUGUCACUGGCAUCCUCAAACCUUCCAGGAUGACCCUUCUCCUUGGACCCCCAGGCUGUGGCAAAACCACCCUUUUGCUAGCACUUGCUGGAAAGCUCAACAAAAAUCUCAAGGUAACAGGUGAAAUUGACUACAAUGGUGUCAAGCUGCAAGAUUUUGUUCCAGAGAAGACAUCAGCGUACAUUGGUCAGUACGAUCUUCAUGUCCCUGAGAUGACUGUCAGGGAGACGCUCGACUUCUCUGCAAGAUUCCAGGGCGUUGGCAGCAGAGCAGAAAUCAUGAAGGAAGUCAUUAGAAGGGAGGAGGCUGGGAUCAUCCCUGACCCCAACAUAGAUACAUACAUGAAGGCAAUAUCCAUGGAUGGUUUAGAAAGAAGCAUGCAAACAGACUACAUUAUGAAGAUAAUGGGACUUGACAUAUGCGCUGAUGUACUAGUAGGAGAUGCCAUGAGAAGAGGUAUUUCAGGCGGUGAGAAGAAAAGACUAACCACAGGAGAGGUGAUAGUAGGACCAUCAAAAGCGCUCUUCAUGGAUGAAAUAUCAACUGGGCUGGACAGUUCUACCACCUUCCAAAUUGUUUCUUGUCUCCAACAGCUAGCUCAUAUAUCAGAGUCUACCAUACUGGUCUCACUCCUUCAACCAGCACCAGAGACUUACCAACUUUUUGAUGAUAUUAUCUUGAUGGCUGAAGGACAAAUCGUAUACCAUGGUCCUAAGAGCUGCAUUAUGAGUUUCUUUGAAUCUUGUGGCUUCAAGUGCCCUGGAAGAAAAGGGGAUGCUGACUUCCUUCAAGAGGUCCUAUCAAAAAAAGAUCAACAACAAUACUGGAGCCGCACCGAAGAAGGAUAUAAUUUUGUUACAGUUGACCAAUUCUGUGAUAAGUUCAAAGCAUCUCAGAGUGGUCAGAAUCUUGUUGGGGAGCUUUCAAAGCCGUAUGAUGAAUCCAAAGGACAUAAGAAUGCACUGUCCUUCAGUAUCUACUCGUUAUCCAAGUGGGAUCUCGUCAAGGCAUGUUUUGCACGGGAGCUCCUUCUUAUGAAAAGAAAUGCCUUCAUCUACAUAACAAAAGCCAUUCAGCUUGGACUAAUUGCUGCUAUUACUGGGACAGUAUUUCUGCGCACCCAUAUGGGUGUUGAUAGAAUUCAUGCUAACUAUUAUAUGAGUUCACUCUUCUUUGCGCUUCUGCUGCUGAUGGUGAAUGGUUUCCCUGAGCUGGCCAUGGCAAUUAACAGACUGCCAGUCUUCUACAAACAGAGAGACUACUACUUCUAUCCUGCAUGGGCUUAUGCAAUACCAUCUUUUAUCCUAAAGAUUCCAGUCUCUUUAGUUGAGUCAGUAGCUUGGACAUCAAUAUCCUACUACCUGAUUGGCUAUACCCCAGAAGCAUCUAGGUUUUUCUCUGAGCUCCUCAUCCUCUUCCUCAUCCACACAGUAACAUUAUCAAAGUUCCGGUGUGUUGCCUCAUACUGUCAAACGAUGGUGGUUGCUUCAAUCUGUGGCACAUUGACAUUUCUAGUCAUGCUUCUAUUUGGAGGUUUCAUAAUUCCUCGUGUUCCAGGAUCUUCUCGUGCUAUUAUCUCUUGCAGUAAGCUUGCCACAUUUGGUGAAAGAAACCAAGCUAAGGAUAUGAAAAAUGGGAUGCCUAAUUUACAAGCAGAAACCGCUUUGACACCUAAUAGGACUGGGAGGAUGGUAUUUCCUGUCACACCCCUUACAAUAUUAUUUCAAGAUGUCAACUACUAUGUAGACACCCCCACAGAAAUGAGGGAGCAUGGUUAUAUGGAAAGAAAACUACAACUACUGCACAAUAUCACAGGAGCAUUUCAGCCAGGGGUUCUCUCAGCCCUUAUGGGGGUUACUGGAGCGGGAAAAACAACACUCCUUUAUGUUCUUGCUGGAAGGAAAACGGGUGGUGUUAUUGAAGGGGAUAUAAGAAUAGGAGGCUAUCCUAAGAUCCAGCAAACUUUUGCUAGGAUAUCAGGCUACUGUGAACAGACUGAUGUUCAUUCCCCACAAAUCACAGUGGGUGAAUCAGUUGCAUAUUCAGCCUGGUUGCGCCUUCCACCAGAAAUUGAUUCAAAAGCAAGAAAUGAAUUUGUAAAUGAAGUUCUUGAAACAAUUGAGUUAGAUGAAAUUAGAGAUUCUUUGGUUGGAAUACCAGGGGUAAAUGGACUAUCGACAGAGCAACGGAAACGGCUCACUAUUGCAGUUGAGCUUGUGUCUAACCCUUCAAUCAUAUUCAUGGAUGAGCCGACAUCAGGCUUGGAUGCAAGGGCAGCUGCUAUUGUCAUGCGUGCAGUCAAGAAUGUUGCAGAUACAGGUCGGACAGUCGUGUGCACCAUUCACCAACCAAGUAUCGAUAUAUUUGAGGCAUUUGAUGAGUUGAUGCUGAUGAAAAGGGGUGGAGAGUUGAUCUAUGCUGGGCUAGUUGGACAUCAUUCAUGUGAGGUCAUCCAAUAUUUCCAGGCAAUACCUGGGGUUCCCAGGAUCAAGGACAACUACAACCCAUCAACAUGGAUGCUAGAAGUUACUUCCACAUCUAUGGAAGUUCAACUGGGAGCAGAUUUUGCACAAUUGUACAGGGAAUCAUCAAUGUGCAAGGACAAGGACAUGGUGGUAAAGCGGUUAAGCAUACCAGUUCCAGGUACGACCGACCUCCAUUUUGCGACACGGUUUCCACAGAAGUUUCAGGAGCAAUUCAAAGCUUGCCUCUGGAAGCAGUGUUUGUCGUAUUGGAGAACCCCUUCCUACAACCUGGUGCGAUUUGUGUUCAUAACAUUAUCCUGCAUUUUCUUUGGUGCACUGUUCUGGCAACAAGGCAACAUCAACCACAUAAACGACCAGCAAAGUCUCUUCACCAUAUUGGGGUGCAUGUAUGGAAUCACUCUGUUCGCUGGCAUCAACAACUGUCAAUCGGUGAUGCCAUUUAUCUCCGUGGAGCGCUCUGUCGUUUACAGGGAGAGAUUUGCAAGGAUGUACUCUCCUUGGGCCUACUCUUUUGCGCAGGUUGCCAUGGAGAUACCUUAUGUGCUGAUGCAGGUGGUGCUGUUCAUGUUGAUAGCAUAUCCGAUGAUAGGGUACGCGUGGACAGCAGCGAAGUUCUUUUGGUUUAUGUACACCAUGUUUUGCACACUGCUCUGCUUCGUCUACAUGGGAAUGGUGGUGGUGUCGUUCACCCCCAACAUCCAAUUUGCAUCCGUACUUUCAUCUAUGUUCUACACCCUACAAAACCUCAUGUCUGGCUUCAUCGUGCCUGCGCCUCAAAUACCGAGAUGGUGGAUAUGGUUCUACUACGUCUCCCCAAUGUCGUGGGAGCUAAGGGUCUUAUUCACCACGCAGUUCGGGGAUUACGACGACAGGAUGAUCGAUGUAUUUGGAGAGACCAAAUCGGUCCCAGCAUUCAUGAAGGACUACUUUGGUUUUCGGCGUGAUUUGCUGCCGCUGGCGGCUGUUGUUCUGGCGGCAUUCCCCAUCCUUCUUGCCGUUCUCUUCGGUUACAACAUCUCAAAGCUCAAUUUCCAAAGGCGAUAGACACACAUGUAUUCAUCAAAGUAGUAAAACAGUAGCACGGUAGAGAAAAGAUAUUGCUUGCGCGCGCGCCCACACACACGUAUCUCUGCGUACUAUAAAGUUUAAAGCCUGAGUUUGCUUACCAACAAGAAAAGGCCAGUGUAUGUUUUUUUGUGUCAGUGACACAUAGUGCAACAGAAUUCCAGUGGUAGUGAGAAUAUUGUCGUUGACAGAGGUUCUUGGGCACUUUCAUAGUAGCCUGUCUUGUUUGUUAUUACUGUAAAUAAAUUCGUAAUUACAGAGGCUCUUUGGCACUUUCACAGUCUUGCAGUAAUGAAAGACCGCAACGCGCAACCCAGACAGUUUCCAUUAGCAGAAUAGAAAUGGUAUCAGCUGCUCUGCAAAGUUUUUUACUGAACCUAUUAUCAACCAUAAAGUUUGAGCUUCAAUGCAUCAGAGGGGUUCAGAUCUUCUGCAGUAUCGUGCUGUAGUGCGGAUGAUCACAUAUGGGGCUGGGUCCCACAUGGCAGUGACUGUACUGCAGAGGAUCCUAACCCGCAUCAAAGAUGUGUGGUGACUAUUCAAAAUAUCAAAGAAUUAGCAUCAGCUGCUCCACAUAUAAAUAUGGUUCAGUAUAUGUAUGGCUUACUUCUCCAUAUGUCCGUAUUGGUUAUUCAGUCAGCCUUCAACUUCUGGUUCUUUAGAAUGAGUUAACUGAGCAAGACCACAUGUAUUCUGUAGGGGUUUUACAUGGUCCACAAACCACAGAUCCUCGUCUAAUUUUUUGCAGGGAAACCCAUAUCUCAGAUUGGGAAUGUUUUGACAACAAAACUGACACGCAGGGCCCACAACCACCGUGUCACUCGAAGGCCUCCACUGGUCAUGGAAGCUCUCCCCGCCUGCCACAAACCAGGUGGUGGCGCCCUGGCGGCACAUGUACCGGCCAAGACAUCAACUCCUCGAAGCCGCCGCGUGGAGCGACUGAGGGUGCACGCCAAGUGUGAGAUCCGGUACCAUGGCGAAGCUACGAACACUGUGGCUGCUAAUUUGUUGACGGGAAACAUCGAGAGAGAAGAUGUCACACCUGCAGCGCACUGAGUAAUGAGGUGGACCAAGAGCAUCUCCAACCACAACCACAAGUAUUAACUUUGGCCGCAAACGCUGGCGUCCGCAGGCAGUGACGGGUCAACACACAAAUGCAUCUAAACCGAAUACUUAAAUUCAUAUUAGCUCAUGCAGCAUUGUAUGUAGCUAAACACAUGUCAUCGUUGGCAUGAUCUACUAACUAUAAACGAUACGAUGACCGAAAAAGUUCAUCCACGAUCGGCCUUGCCCUUGCCUUUACCCUUCCCGUCGUCCUUGCGGCAACAGUGGUCGAAGAUGAAGAACGGAUCAAGGCGGAUCUACUCACAACCGGAGUUGAUCGAUCCGUCGCCGUCCACAUCUUUCUCCUCCAUGGGGGGCAAUCCGGCCAUGGCGCGGACCGCCCAGCUUUGGUCUUUUGCCAUCGCCUUGACCUCCCUCCUCCACCACUUCUCGGCUAUGCGGGCACAGAGGGAUUCCUCCGAUGCCGCCUCGCGGGCUACCGGAACCUCCUCCAGUUCGCGAGUGCCAUGGUUGCCUGUGCCACGAGGGUUGCGGCAGCCGCCUCCACUAGAAGCUGCGCAUGAAGCCUUGCGUGGUCGGCAUGCUGCGCCUCCUUUUCGGAUUCACGACUAGUCAUGGAGGCGCAAAUGGCCUCCGUUUUGGCGCCCGAUGCCGCAAGCACUAGGUGCCACCUAAAAGGUUUCGGCGGCAUGGCAGGGUUGUGCCAAACGACCAUCAUGACAGUUGCUGGCGACACGCGGCAAGAUCCGCCGGCCCUAGAUCCGACCGCCAGAUGGGAAACGGAUUCCCAUCGGCUCGCUGAAGACCGCGGGAGGGUGCACUCCUCUCGGGAGCGUCAGAGAGCAGAGCGAAUGGACAUCUGCUCCUCGGGGCUGCAAGGGAUGAGCUCAUAGUCCUCAGAUACGGAUAUGCCGGAGUCGGAUCCAGGCGCCGCCAUGGAGGAUAAUGUUGGAGCUCGCCAGAGAGGAGCUUGGUAGUGUAGGAGGGGAGGGGAGUGGAGUGGAAUGCGGGUAGGGUUUCGGCUGGAGUGCGGAUAGGGUGCAUUUUAUGUGGGGUCGGUGGGCUAGAGUGGGCCGAAUCCGACGUGGCGAGCGCGUUCGUGUGUCUCUAUAUCCGCCCCAGAUUUGGGUUGGAUAUUGGGAGUGCCGGUCAGUCCGAGCGUUUGAGCCGGAAAUUGGGGCACCCGGUUGGGUGACAUUUUCUCGUCCGGACAACCUGUUCGGGCGUUUGGGGCAGAUAUAGGGGGUCCGGUUAUAGAUGCUCUAAAAGUGUCUGACGCAAUGCGUACAGACGCUUGUGGCCCAAGCCGUGUGAGGAGUCUGUAUUUAGUUGCAGUGGCAGAGAAAGUGUGGUGUGGAGUAUUUAACCAAAAACUACCACAAUUCGACCAACCGUGGCGAAAAGCUAUCGCUUUCCAAACUUUGGCAGAAAACUACCAGUUUUACUCUAAUUUUUGGGAAGAAAACUAUCAAGUUUGAUAACAUCCAAUUCGGCAAUUUUAAACCUUUUUAUGAUAGAGAUGGCCAGCAUGUAAGUGCUGACGUGGCAUAGUAGUCAAACUCCGUUAGAUUGAUUGAUAAGUUGGGCAUUAUGACAUGUGAGACCCACAUGUCAGCAUCAACCUCUUCUUGAUGAAGAAAAUUUUUCUUUGGGACAUUUCCUCAAGCAGCUUGUAUGCAUGCCAGAGCACGAGCUGCUCGUCCUUGACUACCUGUUGCCGGUGUGUUGGAUCCACGCGGGGCACCUGUCAAAGGAGGAGAGGAACCGAGGAAGGGUGUCGAAGGAGAGGAACUAAGGAAGGGCGUCUCCUUGGCGUCAUUGGUGAGUCGCGGGAGGUCGGAGGUGGUGGGUGACCGCGGUCGUGUCGGUGGCCACCAUGUUGCCGCCCCUAGGCUCCACCUAAGGGGAUGGGUGACCACGGUUGUGCCGCUCAUCGCCAUGCUGCCGCCCCCUAGUCUGUCGGAGGGGGAGGGUGACCACGACCACGCCGUUAGUCAUCGAAUGUCGAGCCGCACCUGUACAACAUUUAGAUAUUUAAGGUAGAUCUCUAAAGACCUUCACAAAACUCGUUCUUCAGGUAGUCCACAACUACUCUUGGGCGCUCAGAACAGACACCUAACUGUCUAGUGGAUGCACAGUCCACAAGAGUGAUAGGUUAAGAUCAACUUCGACCAAGUUCUUCAGUGAUUCACAAUCACUUAGCAUUUUAGGCUUUGAGUUUUUCCUCACUAGGAUUCUCUUACAUCUGUGGGAGGAAAAAGGGUUGCUCAGACAAACUCUAUUAAUUCGCACGAGUAGCCAACCGUCUACGGUUGAAGUGGGUGGCUAUUUAUAGUCGGUGAAGCAAGCCCAGGGGCUGAUAUGAUCAUUCGAGACACACUCACAUGGUCAACAGAACACAUGGCUAACAGUGAGAUUUCAGAAUAGCUCUCUCUCUCUCAUGUGUCAUGUCUUGCGAUACAAGACAACUAGCUGAACUACGAGGCAAAUGCGCUAGAGAGUUCCGAGAGUGACAUCUCGAACUCUGAAGCCAAAUGCACUCAUUGCAGAACUCUCAAAGUCUUCAAUUUUAGGUUUGGAUUGAGCGCACGCUAGAAGACUUCAAUCUAACUUUCACUUUGAUCUCCCUUGAUAGCACGGUUUUCCCCUAUUGACUCAAAUAGAAGUAAAAGAAACUAGUAAACAAAAGUUUACACUUCUGCUUCACCCUUCUUGAAUGGGUCAUAACUCUGCUAGACCAAAUCCCACUAGUGCAGGACCGGGCUGUAUCACCGGUUCCUAAGGCCCUUUAGUGUCGGUUCUGUAACCGGCACUAAAGGGUGGGGACUAAAGGUCCCCCCUUUAGUACCGGUUCAACAUGAACCGCCACUAAAGGGCCACCACGUGGCACGAGCCAGCGCCGGGGGCGGGGAGACCUUU